CAAAACAAAAUCAAGAAGAUUUAGAAAAAAGAAAACUUAAAGGGACUGUUAUUGAAAUAUUUCAAGUGAUCUCCAAUUUAAAACGAUGGGAUUACCUGAAUCAUAGCGGUAACCUUUAUAACAUUCUCUAAUCUGUAGUGUUGAAGAUAUUGUUGUUUUUCUAACAAGCAAAGUGUUUAAUUCUUACAGUUUCUUCCAUUUCAGUCUUAUGGAUCCUUUAGGGUAGCGUGUAAUCCCACGGUAUAAAUGGAGAUUCCCUUGAAAUUAAUUCUACAGUCCCUUCAAAAUAGAAAAGAAUGAAGACUGGAGGAAUGAAGAAAAGAGAAAUCAGGAAGAGUCAGAAAUAUUGAAGCUGAAGGUAGACAAGGAAAAAAUAAGAAACUUGCAAGAUAAAGAAAAAGAAGAAAGAAGAAAUAGUCAAAGGAAGGAAGAAGAAAAUAAAAUAGAAAUAAAAGAACAAGAAGAAAAGAAGCGAAUAUUGGAUGAAAAAGAGAAGAUGAAACUAAAAGAAAAUCUAGAAACAUCACAAAUAUUGGCUAAAGAUCUAUCAAGUGGAUUGCAUGAUCAACACCUCAAGCAUUUACCGUCCUCCUGUGCAAAUCCUUGCAAAAUUCAGUGCGAACCUCAGCUUAUAAAAUCAUCAAAGGCCAAUCUAGAAACUUCAGCACAUCCUAAAAAAAACAAGAAAACUUUUCUAAAAUCUGAAAAAGCUGUCAAUAUUUUGAUGGAGGAUCAAACCAAAUCUAAAAAAUUCUUUAAGGAUUCUCUGUGUAGUGAAUCAAAAUCAAGCUCAAGACGUGGUUCUGACCUCAAUACAUUUGCUGACUCGUGCAAUUUACAACAAAAAGAAAAGAAUCCUCAGCUUGCAGAAAAUGUUCGGAAUCAGAUUAGAGUCUGGUUACAAUCGUUAAAAAAGUGGACUCCAAAUCCGCUUCUGGUUAACAUAAAGAUUCGGUCUGGCCUGGUGAGAUUGAGCCCUCAAAAUGUUGUGGAUACAAACUCAAUGCGGAUACUCAAUUACAAAUAUCAGGUGGGGAAAAUAGGGGGCAAUAUAAAACUGAGACCAAAAUUUAGGGGAAAAAUAAAAGAGGAAAUUGAGUUUUUGCCACAAAUCCCUAUAUUUUUGCAAACUUAUGGUGUUAACCUUUGAUAUAUUUGAUCUCACAAAUUUCAUUGUCUGAAAUAUCAAAGAUCUACGACAUUGUGUUGCAGAGAUAUUGGGAUUUAAAGGUUCAAAGUUCGUGGCAAAAACUGAGUUCCUUUGCUUUAGCUACAAAAAUUAGGGUAUUGCCUUAACCCUUGAUCAAACAUACCACUGUCCGUUGUGAAUCAGACAUACCACUAUCCUGUGUGAAUCAGACAUACCACUAUCCGCUGUGAAUCAGACAUACCACUAUCCGGUGUGAAACAGACAUACCAUUAUCCGGUGUGAAUCAGACAUACCACUAUCCUUUGUGAAACAGACAUACCACUAUCCUUUUUGAAUCAGACAUACCACUAUCUUUUGUGAAUCAAACAUACCACUAUCCGCUGUGAAUCAGACAUACCACUAUCCAGUGUGAAACAGACAUACCACUAUCCGCUGUGAAACAGACAUACCAUUAUCCGUUGUAAAUCAGACAUACCACUAUCCGUUGUGAAUCAGACAUACCACUAUCCGUUGUGAAUCAGUCAUACCACUAUCAACUGUGAAUCAGACAUACCACUAUCCGUUGUGAAUCAGACAUACCACUAUCCUUUGUGAAACAGACAUACCACUAUCCGCUGUGAAUCAGACAUACCCCUAUCCGCUGUGAAACAGACAUAACACUUUCCCUUUAAUAUCCAGAGUUUACGUCUGUAAUCCCUUUAAUAUCCAGAGUUUACGUCUAUAAUCCCUUUAAUAUCCAGAGUUUACAUCUAUAAUCCCUUUAAUAUCCAGAGUUUACGUCUAUAAGGAGCACGAUCAUUUGCUAUUAGCCUCACUUGCUAUCCCCUCACUUGCUAUCAGCCUCACUUGCUAUCAACUCAC